AUGCUCGAAACAUUCAUGUUUAUUGUCGCAGAAAUGGAAGGGGUGCAGGAGGGGUUGUAUUCAAAGUUGAAAGUUGAAGUUUAUAGCUAUGAAUUGUUGUUUUGGAAAUGGUCUGGAAAGAGUGCAGCAAAGGAUGUUGAUGGAACUGAUAAUGGAGUGGAGAAGCAUCAUUUCAGCAUAGUCCCGUGGCUUAAAGAGAAACAGAAAAAUGGAUGUGGUUGGAGGGUAAGAUGCAAGCUUCGGUUAGAGUGGUUCUCUACUGUGUUAAAAGUCCCACAUUGA